CGUCCAAUGUUGAAAUGUAGUCCUUUAUUCUUUAUCUUCACAAUCCAUUAACAGUCUGUAAAAAGCUGCACUGCAUAUUUCACAUUUUGUUUUUCUUUCUAUGUGCGCGUGAUGCGUAGUGAGUAGUGCGUACUGCGUUUUGACCGUUUCCAUGUAUGUGUAUAUAUUCAUAUGCGUGAAGCUUGUUUGUCCUUUUGGAAGAAGAUUACAAACAGGAUUCUAAGUUAUUAUCUACCCUUUUAAACAUUACACAUAAGAUAAAUGUAAAAUACUUGGAAUUAUAAUUACGUAACAUAAAACAUGUAAUAUAUUUGUGGUAUUUGCGUGAUUUUUAUAGGGGGAGGGGGUGUAACUUUUAAAAAGGACACCUACAGUAUUCCAAAGUAUACUAAACUGCAUGAUACAUAAGCAAUCCAGACACAUUUAUGUUUUAGUUGGAUGUUAUUGGUUUUUGUCUAUAAUAUACUCUCCCAAAAAAUAAACGCAUAGGUGAUUUUGUUUUUGGAAUAUCAAUUAUUUUGAAGUUACUUGUUGAAAUAGUAUUUAAUCUCUAAAAUGUUACUGUUAUUUGGUUUGAGAAUACAAUCUAUUGCCAAAAAGGGACAAUUUGAAUUACUUUGAAGUGUUCAGCACAUUGAGUUUCAUAAAAUUUGCUUGCAAAUUGCGUGUGGAAAGUGUGCAAGCAUCACGCACGUGAAAAUUGAGGAAAUCAUCAACGAUGUUAUUGGGUAUUGGUGAAACAUUUAAAGUUGGUUGCUAUCUGAGCACAUUUUGAUAUGCCAAGACUAGACCAAGAAUCUCAAAACAUUGCCAUUGGACGUUUGGAGUCUGAUGAGUCUCGGUCAGCAGUUGCGCGUCAUUUUCACGUCGAUGGGAACGGUAUCAACAACAAGGAUCAACACGAGAUCGACCACAGUCUGGUAGACAACGUAUCACUGCUGCAGGUCAGGAUAGGUACAUCCGGGUUUUCCAUCUACGUCAUCGGACUGUCACAGCAACAGAAACUGCUGCCAAUGUGCCUGAUCUACGUAGGGUAUCGGCGCAAACAAUACGCAACAACUGUUCCAGCAGGAUAAUGCCAGGCCUCAUACAGCACGUGUCACCAUGGAUUUUCUACGGAACCAGAACAUAAAUGUGCUACCAUGGCCAUCGAGAUCGCUAGAUUUAAACCUGAUUGAGCAUCUUUGGGAUGACCUUGAUCGACGAGUGCGACAACGUGACAACCACCAUCUCAAACGCUUCAGCAACUUCAGGAUGUAUUGCAAGACGAAUGGGCAAGAAUACCACAGAAUAGUUCCAGGCUGGCAGCCUUCCCAGGAGGAUUCUGAAAUCACAUACCAUGUGCAAUACAGGUGGAUUAAAAAGGUCCGAAGUUGGGAGGAUCUUCACCAAAAACUGGAUGCCAUAGGUAGACGUCGACACUUCGGUGGCCUACUCAAGAGAGUCAGACGUUUGCCAACAAUAAAAGAGGAAAGUAAGUUGAGUCGCUAAUUUAGAAACUAAUUUGGUGAUUAUGUUGAUCACGUCUAUAAAGUUUAAAACCAGGGGCCUAAUUCACUAAACUCUUGCAACUUUGCGAUCUCGUAGUGCAAUGCUAAAAGACUUUCAAAGAGGAUGCUUUGUUGUCUAACAGAGCCUAAAAGACCUUUGUGAAUUAGGCCCCAGGACCAUAGUACUAAUCAAAGUUAUGCUUUCGUGUUUUUGAUUUUGUAUGUUUGGGGGUGGAGGGUUUGUCUCUUUUUUUUUCUGAAAAAUAUUGUUAAUAUAAUGUUGACAUAUUGCUUUUUAAAUUUGUCAUUUUCUUAACGCCUCUCUUUAUAAUAAUGGUAUAUGGUCGGUAUAGUCUGUUUCACAGUUUCUUUUUUAGUAUGGAAA